AUGGAUCACUCGUUUUCAGUUUACCAGUUCCUGGCUCAGAUGCCAACUGACCGGGAGCACGAGCACCGAUUUUCGGUACAAACGGGGGCAUUCGGAGCAGUUCGCCUUCAUCAGGCGAACUUCCCCCCAUACGCUUACCACCCCUGCUCCCCCAUCGACAACUGGGCGACAUUCCGAUCUAACCUGGCGCCAGCGCCCAUCAUGUCCCUUUACCAUCCCGGGUAUAAUGGGGACUCGUGGGGCGCCACCGUGCCGGGUCCAUACGAGCUCCGGCCACAGCCUCGACCGGUGCCUGACCCGACGUAUCUCUCCUCCUCCUCUGCUGCUGCUGCCGCUGCUGCCAGCACCUCCAUGAUCGCCUCGCCGGCCAGCAUGUCCCAAUUGUCCCCACAAGCGCCGAGACGCGCAUCCGAUGAUCUAAUCGACGGGCAAACAGCGCCGGCCGUUCUUUUAAGAGACACCUGCGAUCCUCCUCCUGUGCACCUGGACCCUUCCAGCGGUUCGAGCCACUUGCACACCACUCCUCCAUCAUCCCCCCUUUCCACCUCUUCACAGCAAUCCUCUGCCUCAUCACCAGCCAGCAUGACUCCCUCAGCCCCCCCUGGCAUGAGUGACUCGAGUGAUCAGGAGCAACAUGGAGACCCGCCAUACUCCCGACUCAUUUGGGAAGCCUUGCACUCUGCAAAGAACUAUAUGCUCCCGUUGCAAGAUAUCUACAAAUGGUUUGAAGAGAACACUGCCAAAGGCAGGGACGAAAGCUCCAAGGGCUGGCAAAACAGCAUCCGCCAUAACCUGUCAAUGAAUGCAGGAUUUGAGGCCGUCAAGAGCGAGGCCGCGGGAAGAAGACCCAUCAACUACUGGCGUCUGACUCAAGAAGCCAUUGAACAUGGCGGCGUUCAGUCCACAACCCGAUAUCGCAAGAAGGCCAGUACCAUGGAGCUUUCCAAUACUCGUCGCCCGCGAUCAGGGCCCAGGGAAGGUGACAAGCCCAAACGGUCAUCUCCCAAGCAACGCAUUCUGAUCACCGACGGGAAGCAACAGAGAAAACAUCAAAGGGAGCGGUACUGCCCUCCACUGAUGUUACAUCAAUCCCAGCACGGCGGUUCCUCCUCGCAGCUGUGGGAGAGCAGCAGCAGCAGUAGCAGCAGCACUGCCUAUUCUCAUUCACGCGCCAUGCACCCGGGCUAUCUUCCUAGGGGCCCCGUCUACAUGCCCGUGGUGACCUAUGACGGGCCGGCCAUUCAGGAUGGCUACCCUGUGCCUCGCAGUCCCCCGGUGCCUUCCACGUUCGACAUGAGCCGAGUCAUCAGCUGCACUAGCCCCCCACCUGGCCACAAUUCCGUGUUCUGCGAUACUGCACAGUCGGGGCCCGGCUAUGCUGCAUUAGACAUGGGAUCGCUAAACUGGUGGGCCAAUCAUAACUCGAUGAUGCCCAGCCCGGAUAGCCCAUCUGAUCUACCUGGUCAUCUUGGGGUGUAG